AGCCUGCAAGAAUAUCAAUAACUGGAGAGGUUUCCUGGCGAUGGAAUCGCUAGAUAUUGUCGUUGUAGCCAUCAGUUUUUUGGGUUUCGUUUCUUUCUGUAAAAAUAUUCUGAAAUUUUUAAGGUGGGUAUGGGUCAUGUUUUUGAGACCACCAAAGAAUUUGAAGGAAUCCUAUGGUUCAUGGGCAUUAAUCACUGGCUGCACCGAUGGAAUCGGCAAGGCUCUCGCAUUUGAGCUCGCAUCGCAGGGUCUUAAUCUUGUUUUGGUAGGUCGAAAUCCUUUGAAACUUGAAGCUACAGCGACAGAAAUACGAGCAAGAAAUGGCAAGAAUAACUCUCAAUCGGAGAUAAAAAUAAAAACAAGUAUCGUCGAUCUUGCGAAGUCUAGUGGGGAGGAGAUAUCGAGAGCAAUAGAGGCAUGUAUUGAAGGGUUAGAUAUUGGCAUUGUGAUAAAUAAUGCAGGAUUGGCCUACCCUUAUUCCAAAUUCUUUCAUGAGAUUGAUUUGGAGCUGAUGGAGAGUAUAGUGAAGGUGAAUUUAGAGGCAGCAACUUGGGUGGCUAGGUCAGUGAUUCCUUUGAUGUUGAAGAAGAAGAAAGGUGCAAUUGUUAAUAUUGGGUCUGGAUCUACUGUAUCUGUCCCUUCCUACCCAUUAAAUACCGUCUAUGCCUCUACCAAAGCCAGGUACAUAGCAAUGCUUUCAAACUGCAUGAAUUUAGAAUACAAGAAUCAGGGAAUUAACGUUCAAUGCCAGAUUCCACUGCUUGUAGCUACAAAGAUGACAAGACUGAAGAAACCAAACUUGUUGGUUGCAUCACCUGAGAUAUAUGCUAAAGCAAGCAUAAGAUGGAUUGGUUAUGAGAAACUAUGCAGCCCCUUUUGGUCACAUUCUGUGCAGUGGUUCAUUCUCCAGGCAUUGCCUGAUGCUCUACUAAAUCGGUUUCUGUUUCAAUAUUAUCUCGGAUUGCGCAAUAAGGGACUGAAGAAGGAGGCCUUAAGAGCCAAGGAGAAGUGCAUCUUUUAAUUAUCUACUUGAAAUUGUGAUUGCUCUGAAAUGUGGAUCAACAUCUAAAGAUCAAUCGAAGGAAAUAAUAAUAAUAGAAAAAUAUAUUCUUGGAUUGUUUUAGAAAACAAGAUUAUUUUUCUGAUCUUCCAUGAAUAGAUGUUGAGGAGUUAUUGUUAUAC